AUGUCGGAUGGUUCUUCAGAAUUCGAACCAGAUAGUUAUUCAUCAGGAUCAUCCUCGUCAGAAUCAACCGACAAUAGCGAAGUAGAUAAAAUUAUUGGUAUAAACAUACCAGAACUCGAUACUUCGAAUCCAAAUUUGAAAUUUUUUGUUAAACUAAAAGACAAAGCAUAUAAAUACUGUGAUUGGAUGUCUUCUUCGUCAAUAUCAAAUCUAAAUCCUCGCAAAGUUAAAGUUUUCGAAGAAAAAUGUUCAUUUGGUCUUUUUCCUGUUGAUUUCAUUGAAAAUCUUUAUAAGCCAACAAGAGUAGAUUUCGAAAAAGAAUUUCUGAUACCCCAAAAAAUCCUUGCUAAACAAAAAAUUAAAAAUGAAGGGAAAAAAUAUUUAGUUUUAUGGGGCAAGCUUCAAAUUAAAGAUGCCACAUGGGAAUCAGAUCCUCCACAAGAACUUAUUGAUCAAUACAAGAAAAUUUUAUCAACAACUCAUGUUCCACCGAUUUAUCAGCAUAAAUUAGACUCAAGCAUCCAAUUUACCAACAACACGAUGUUGUUUAGUAACAACAAUCAGCUCAAGAACUACCAAUACGUUGGCGUUCAGUGGCUUUUCGAUAAAUGGAAAAUCCAAAAAGGCGGAAUCUUAGCUGACGAAAUGGGUAUGGGCAAAACAAUACAGGCAUUGGCUUUGAUGCAAACACUUAAGUUUUUUUUCAAAGUAAAAGGCCCAUUUCUAGUUAUUUGUCCUCUCUCGACAGCCUUCAACUGGCAAAAGGAAUGCAACGCUUGGACCAACCUGAAUUCAAUUGUUUACACCGGAAACGAUGAAAGUAGAAAUACAAUUAAGAAUUUUUGUAUUUUUAACGAAAAAUCAAAAGACAAGAAGAUGAAAGUCGAACUAAUAAUCGUACCUUACGAUAACGCUAUCCGCGAUAUAAGUUUCUUCCAGAAAUUCCGUUUUGCCGUUCAAUUUAUCGAUGAAGCUCAUCGUCUCAAAUCUUAUCACUCGAAAACGUAUCAGGCGUUAUCUAAAAUACCAACACAUUGCUCCUUCCUUCUUACCGGCACUCCAAUUCAAAACGAUCUCGAAGAAUUGAUUUCAUUAUUGCAUUUCAUUGAUCCUACAGCGUUUUCCAACAUCGAGGAGCUUGCUUCUAAGUACAAUACCUCCGAUUUCGAUCAAAUGAAGGAGCUUUCUUCAUUACUUGAAAAUUAUAUUUUAAGACGUAAGAAAGACACCUUCGAAAAGUCGAUCAAACCCAAAGAAGAGAUUGUAAUCAAUGUAGAGCUCACUCACGAACAGCGAUUGAUCUACAAAUUGCUCUUGGAUGACCAUAGAGACGAAUUAUUACAAACUUUAGGUACUUCUUCACUCACUUCCUUCAAGAACAUAUCAAUGGAGCUCCGAAAAAUCUGUAACCAUCCAUUUCUGACCCACGAAACCCUUGUCAAAGAACAAUACAAACAAAGAAAAGGAAUUAACAGGGAAAUGACCGAACAGGAAGACAUGGAAAGCCUCGUAGGUGUAUCAGGAAAGAUGAUUCUACUCGAUAAACUCCUUCCAAAGCUAAAAGAAGGAGGACAUAAAGUUUUAAUAUUUUCUCAAAUGACAAAGGUACUUGAUAUCAUACAGAGGUUCUUAGAUUGGCGUAAUUUCCACUAUGAGCGACUUGAUGGCUCAGUAUCUGUUGAAAGAAGGUCAGAAUCAAUCGAAAGAUUCACAACUUUCGAUGAUUCCUUCGUAUUUCUUCUGUCAACACGCGCAGGUGGACAGGGUAUCAACCUAACAGUUGCUGAUACUGUAAUUAUUUACGAUUCCGAUUGGAAUCCGCAAAAUGAUAUCCAAGCUAUGGCCAGAUGCCACAGAAUCGGCCAAGACAAGGAAGUAAAGGUUUACAGACUCAUUACGAAGAAUUCCUACGAAGAAGAAAUGUUCGAAAGAGCUUCAAUGAAGCUCGGAUUAGAUAAAGUCAUUACAGAUGGUUUUGACGAUUCCAACCUUAACGCCGAGCAAAUGGACAUGAUGCUUCGUAAGGGCGCCUACUACAUUCUUAAAGAUCAAGACGAUGAUGCGAUAGAUAAAUUCUGCGCUGAAGAUAUUGAUCAAAUUUUACUUCGAAGAACUAAAACUGUUGUUGACCAUGCCACAGACUCAAAGCUCUCCAAGAUCAGCUUCGAUACCAACGAGAACGAAGUAGAUUUUGGUGCGGACAAUUUUUGGAGUCAAUUUUUCACUUCAUCUGCCGAUACUCCUCUUGGCAAACGUCGGAACAGACCAGUAAAUGUAUAUGCUCCUGCCGAAAAACUCAUGAAGAAGAAGGAAUUCAAAGUUGUCUUCCCUCAAAUCAAAGAUUCCGGAUUAAUCAGCGCGAUUGCGAGUGUUGACAACGGAAACGACAAAGAUUUCAACUACAAGGCUGUUUCCAUCAUCUACUACCUCUGUAACACAGAAGAAGAGUUCUCAGACGAUGAAGAUCUCCAAUCCUAUAAAAAGAAAAAUUCUGAGAAACCGAAAUUUGACAUGAGUCGGUUUGACAUUUACAAAACCUUUUACAGGAAGAUAAUCAAGAACAUAAAUUGUUCAAAGACAAUAGAUGAAAACAUCCCUGAUUAUCUUCCAUUUUCCGAUCAAUUGUUCAUGUAUUCAUAUUUCAAGAAUGAUCCUGAUUUUGACAAACUCGUGAACAGCAUCUAUUUGAUUGACAUGACAAGAUUAGUUGUCUGUUAUUCGAAUUAUUUGAUCGACAACGGUUUGUUCAAUUUCGGAAAUUCUUUCCAAGUAGAACCUCAAUGGACAUCAUGUCAUGAUUACGUUUUGUUGUACCAGAAGAUGUCAAAGGAAAACAUUAUUUCUAUGCUGGAUAAAAUCACUCCACAAAGAGCAUUUAAUUGGCCAAGUAACCCGGUUAUACUUCACAGACAAGAAAUUUUGUUUUUCGAAAUUCAAUGUUUGAUUCCCAAAAAUUUCUUUACUUUACAAAAUCCGUUUUCUCCCAAACAAUUCUAUGACCACAUGCAAGUCAAGCAUGAAACAAUGAAAGAGAAUCAAGUAAGGAGAUUGAUGAGAGCAAUGUAUUUCUUCCCAAUUGACAACAUAAAGAUUUUGAUCGAAAGAUACAUUCUUUUGACAAAAUUGUCUUACAGAAGCGAAAUCAUAAGAAGAUACGUAUUCAUGCUCUUCAAGAAAUGCAAUUUCGAACUGCAAGAUGUAGAUCUAACUGAUAUUUCCAUAGCAGAACUAAAUUGGAUUCCGAAAAAUGCAAUUGAAAGUUUGUCAAAACAGUUGAAAAUUCUGAGAAAACUGCCAGAAUUAGUGUCAAAUAUUGAUGUAAACAUGACAAAUUUGACACCUACUUUACAUGGCAAAUUCCCAUCAUGGUGGAAACCCGAGAACACUGUUAGUUUGUUCAAGUACAUUGCGAAGAAUGGAUUUUACUCUGUUACAGGAUUAUCUGUCAUGACUGAUUUCAAGGGAAUUUUCAACGGCGGAUCGGAGAAAUUCCAAGCUCAUAUUACUAAUGAAGCAACGAGGAUGAUUCCCCAUUUCCCUGAAAAUAUAAAGGCGUUGAGUUUCCUUGAGAAAAUGAAUGUUUGGAUCGGAGUAAUUCAUUGCGUUGUUGAAAAUGCAGCAAAAAUAAACAGCGCAGGAAUUUUGAAGAAAUAUACUCCAUCGAUAAAUGUCAAUGUAGUUGGAGUUCCUAAUGAUGAUGGUGUUCCAAUUGGAUACUCCGCAACGAGAUGCAUCAAGAAUAGUUUGUAUUUCUUGUCAAUAGAAGAAGGUCCUUUGUUCAAGAUUAAGUUUAACGGAAAAGUUUAUUCUUCUCCAAAUUUGUCUGAAUGUUAUUGUUCUUUACUUUUGUCUCUGCCUGAGAAAGAAGCAGAGCCUCUCUUUGAUAUGAGCAGCAUCACAUUCUUCGGAUUGAAUGCACCAAUAUUCGUCACAAUGCUUCAACUCUCUGCAAUGCAAUCAAAAGAAAAGAAGAAUUAA